AUGGCUAUUACAAGUGGUACAAAUUUUGUAACAGAGUAUUGGUUUGACAUAUUGUUACGAAUUGUCUUAGUGGGAUUAUUUAUUGAAUUAGAACAGGCAGAACCAUUUACUAGAAAAAUUCAUGAAGAUGAAUUAUGGUUAUAUAAAAACCCAAGAACUGAAUCAUAUGUUCCAACUACUAUAUUAUGGCCCUUGGUUUUUGUAAUGCCUACUAUAGUAAUCUUUUGUGUCUUUUUGGUUUACAAAGACAAAACUGAUAUUUAUCAAGCACUAUUAUCUGUAACUUUAGCAUUAGGAUUUAAUGGCGUUAUUACAGAUAUCAUAAAACUUAUUGUUGGCCGUCCUAGGCCAGAUUUUUUUUGGAGAUGCUUCCCUAAUGGACAAACUAAUCCAGAUUUUAAAUGUAAUGGAAAUCCAAUUGUCAUAAAAGAUGGAAAGAAAUCAUUUCCAAGUGGUCAUUCCUCAUUUGCAUUUGCAAGUUUUGGCUUCAUUGCACUAUAUGUAGCUGGUAAAUUACAUACAUUUAGUCUAAUAGGCAAGAGACAAUCGUGGAAAUUAUGUGCAUUUAUAUUACCAAUUUGUAUUGCUCUUUUAAUUGCACUGAGUAGAAUGUGUGAUUAUCAUCAUCAUUGGCAAGAUGUGGUUGCAGGUUCAAUAAUAGGAUACUUCUUGGCAUACAUGUGUUAUAGACAUUAUUAUCCACCAUUAGAUUCACAGGUAUGUCAUAAACCAUAUGCAGCUCGUACUCAUCAGAUUGAAUUGGAAAAUGCAAGAAGCAGAAAUGAACAAAUCAAAUGGAUUUAGA